GUGAUUUGCCUGUGCGAAGGCAUGAUGAAUGUAUAUUUCAUAAUUGGAGUAAAAAUAUCCUGAUCUUCAGCUAGCCCAUGAGGAGAGAAGAAUAUGAGCGCAGCUACGGGCGUCGCAGCCAUGUGCCUCCUCCUCUUCCGUCCCAGCAGGAGGAUCCAAGGAGCAGGAGGUCACGGACCAAGAUGAAAUGCCUUAUCUCCAUAGGACUCAUCUUGCCCGCCCUCGCCGCAGUCAUCGGCGUAGCUGCAUGGGCUGUAAGCGCGGAUGUCGUCAUGAACUCGGCCAACAACAGAGCCAACAAGGUAGACAACGGUCUCCUGCAGAGCUUUUCAAUGGGCAAUGACAACCGACCAAAUAUCUUCAGAAAUAAUGAAGAAAACCAAAGGCUUCAGUCCCAAACGGAUGCAGUUGCUCCCACAACAAAGCGGACUACCACUACAACAAGUACGAGCACUACUAGUACAACGCCCGCUACCACCACAACAACAACAACAACUACUACUACUACCACUGCGGCUCCACAAACACUUUCUCCGAAAGAUGCAUCAGAUGUAAAUGCCAUAUUGUCGAAAUUGAUAUCUGCUUCUGGAGCAGUGUCCGGUAGCAACGGGCCCCGGUUUGUCGUAGUUGCCCCUUUGCCAGAUCAUCCAGAAUCUACUAUAUCUCGAGUAGAUAGUCAUGUGGCUGAAAGUCCCAGUAACAAAGAAAAAGACAAUACCUGGCAACCAACUAGGGAAGAACAAUCCGAAGAUUUAGCUGCUUCUGGAUCUUCUCAAAGCUAUUCCAUCUCCAAAUCAAAUCCACAAACGAAGAGUCAACACUCGCUUCACAAGAAUGGUAAUUCGACAAAUCGGGGCAGUGCUCCCAAAAGUGAAGCUACGCGGAGAAUUGGCGAAAAGCCUUUACUGAUACAAAUGGCGAACAAUAACCGCAGAACGAGCAGUGGAUUUAACUCUCAACCGCUAGAACUUACUGGGUUCGAGCCUUUCGAUUCCAUGAUGCAAUCAGAAUCGGUGAUGUCAUCCAACUCGCAUGUACCAAACCCCCCACAGAACCACCCCCAUAAUUUCCCCAGUUCCUUCAAACGAGGACCUCCUCAAGGAUUCUACAGCUCAAGAAAUCCCCAUAAACCACUACAGCAUUUUGAAUUGAAAGAUCAACAUUUGUUCAAUGGCCCUCAUAUGCACGAGCAUGGUGUUCACAAUUUCAACAUGAACAGGCCACCAAUGAUGGCUGCUUCUCAUCAACAUGCAGUAGGCUUGAAGCCAUUCCAGCAUCAGUUACACCACAUAGAAAAUGGUCCUCAGCCAGAAGAGUCCAGAUGGGGUGCUGGAGGGUUUGUGCCACCACCUAGUGCUUACGCUCACAAACCACCAGAAGGCAUAUCGCUAAGCAUCAGUUCUCCGGCGAAUAGUGGGACCCAUGUGUCUUCGGAGCCCGUCAGUGUGAUCAAAAGUUUCUUUCUGCCAUUUUUGCCAAAACCGAGAUUGAACAUGAACGCUAGAGUUGUGUUUGGUGUAGUUUUAGACAAAGGUAUGGGGAUCGGAGGGAAGAAAGAUGCUGGACACCGUCCAUACCGAUGA